CACCGACGGCUCGUCAUAAUUUUGUAAAAACUGAAAAUUUCUCUUCGUCCUUGGUUGACUGAUAAUUUGCCUGCUGGAUUUGCUUGUCAGCCGAGCAGUCUACCUGUGAUCUAAUUUUACAAGUACGCCAGCAAAGCUGGAAAAAGCUGAGCAUUAAGAAAACGGCAAAGGGUGCCGGAGAUCCCUUUUCCAAACAUUGAACAGGCAAAAUAUGACGCUGUUCAGAACAACUUUAACCACGAUUUUAGUUAUAACCCUCAGUGAGUGUACAAAGCUUAGCGAUGUUCCUGACAAUGUAAAGCUUCAAAAGGAUUCAGACAUCAACCUGAUGGAGGUCUUAGAAAGCCUUGCACCAGUUCCUAGCGAGGAGGUAGUAGCUAUAAGACCCAAAGGAGAGGGAAUAGAGAGAUUUAGGCGAAGAGUGGAGCCUGCUAGCGGAAUUUCAUCUCUUUCAGAACUUCCAGAUCUCCCAGCACCCCAAGAAAAUAAUUCCAUCUUCAGCCACAGAUCAUUUUCUGACAGCGGAGCUACUCCUCCCUCUGGAGAAGGUGAAUGGGACAGCGGACAUGCUGCAUCAUCCAAAACAAAGAAAAGCGAAAUAGGAGGAGAGGAUGCUUCUGGUUCUGGAGAAGGAUCAGGGAUUCUACAGCAUGAGAGUGCUGAACAAGAAAAACCAGUAUUGGUGACGCCAGCUACACUCACGUCGGAUGAGGAAGGUAGCUCGGUAGCUCCAUCUACUUUGGCUGGCGCUGUAGCAGCACAGCCCCCUCCGGUCGCCACAUCGCACAACGGCGAGAGUAAGCCUUCCAACGCCGUUGAUGGUGCCGCAUCAUUUAAUGCUGUGGAGCCUGAAGAGGCUGGAUCAGCUCAGCUGCGGUCAGUCGCGAACAUGAGCUCUUUAAAUCAAACGAACAUUAUUGUCAAAGAGUCACCUGCUGCGAAAAUUUCUAAAGGGGAAGGUCAACAAACGGCUAUUACCAAUAAAGAUGUACCUGAAUCUAGCGGAGUGGAAGAAACAGCUCGCUUGGAACCAACUGCCGUUAUCAAACAGGAUCACACAGCAUCUGGUUCAGGGGAGACAAGUGGAAGUGGGUUAAAUGCUGAUGAGCUUGCCUUCAUUGCUGGUCUUAAGAAAGCAAAGAGGCAACAAACUACUCCGUCUCAGGCACUAACGAGAGCUAACCUACCAGGCAGUGUUGGAAACAAUGAAGAUGACGAUGACGAUGACGAUGAUAAUAACGAUGAGAAUGGAGAUGCAAGUGGGGAGCAAUCAGAUUCAAGUGCUAGCGGGGAACAAGAAGAUGAAACAGCAUCUUCUAAAUCUGAUGAGGAUCAAAAGCAAGAUGAAACGGCAUCUUCUAAAUCUGAUGAGGAUCAAAAUGAAGAUGAAACGGCAUCUUCUAAAUCUGAUGAGGAUCAAAAUGAAGAAGCUCAACAGAGAUCAGAGACGAGCCGAAGACUCGAAGAGAACUCCUCAGAAGAUGACGAUGACGAUGACGUUUCAGCUGAUGGUUCGGGAUCAGCCUCUGGCGACGAUGAAGAUUUUGACGAUGAAGACGAUUCUGGGGAGUCAAGUGCUGACGAAUCAGAGAGAAGAGAUACCAUUGUUGAUGUGGCUAGUGGAUCUGGUGUUGAUUUUCUUUCAGGAGUGGGUGACUCUGAUAGCGAGGAUGAUUCUUCAGAGAGCUCCGGUGAAGAUGACGAGCCUGAAGAUAAUUUGCCAGGCAGCAUUGGUGAAGUGAACGACAUUGAAAAGUUAGAGAAGAAGCCUGUCCAGGCUGCGACUGCGCCUGGUUUUGCUUUUACGUCAGCAUCCGGUGUGCCUCCGAGCACUCACGAGACUGUCCCUGCUUCCGGCUCCGGUUUACCUGUUGUAGCCGUAGGUCAAAGAUCUGCUAAAAAACCUAUGCUGGACCAAACAUCACCAAAGGCUUCUAUUUCAUCCUCGGGAUCAGGGGAAGAGGAACUGCCAGGAAGUGUUGGCGGUAUUUCUGACAUUGGUCAAGUUGAAUCAGCCACCCCUUCAGACACAAACUCCGCUGCCUCAGGCUCAGGUGAUCUUGGGACAACAUCUCAAUAUAAACAAGAUGAAUCACUUUUGCAACAGGUUUUGCAAAGUGAAUCUUCAGGUUCUGGUGAGUCAGAAAAGCAGGAUGAGAGUCUUCCGGGAAGUGUGGGUGGACAGAUUAUCUUGGAUGAAACGGGAAGUGCAUCAGGAUCAGGAACCGAACCUCUUGCAAUCGUUAGUCCUGAUUUUGGAACGGGAUCAGGCGAAACUCCAAAGCUUCACCCUUGGGAACCUGUUCUGUCCCUUCCUCAAGACUCCCUCAGUUCUGGAUCAGGAAACGAUGAGAAGAUAAGUGGCUCUGGAAUUGGCGAGGACCUUGAAUCUUUGGCAUCAUCUUCAGAGGACCAGACUCUUCCAGGAAGUGUUGGAGCUGUCGGUCCUAAUCUUAUGACUAUGGCAUCUCCAGAAAAUAAGCCAGGUUCUGGGAUGGCAGACCAGUCUGGUUCUGGUUCUGGAGUUGGGUCAGGGUUGCAAGAGGAGGUUAACUUGAUGAGGGCAAUUAAGUUUGGUUAUAGUUCUGGCUCAGGAUUGGAGCAACUAGAUAACAACGAGACUCGCAAUGAGAAUAUGAUCGAUACAGUCAAAACUACCAAACCAUCACCAGCUCUCGGAGAUGGAAAUAACGUAACGCAAUCGGCAAAUUCGACUAUCAUUGUAAAGACUGAGGAAAACAGCGUUGGGAAGAAUGAUGAGAGUAGUGGAGAAUUUGGACUUCUUCAAUCCCUUCAACCCUCUAGGGGUUCUGGAGUUGCAGAAGAGCCAUUACCUGGUGGAUUUGGUAAUGGUGACAGUGUUGACAUUCAAUCACUGGCUGGUUCUGGAGGAGAGGACGCUUCUGGCGUUACCUUAAGCUCCGGCUCCUUUGGCUCCUUUAUGGAUGAAGGCAUUUCGGGAUCUGGAUCAGGAUCAGGACUUGCAAACUCGGACGUGAUAUCUGAAGUAUCAGGGGGUAGUAGCAGUGGAAGUGGUAAAUUUUCGUCUAGCUCAGAGGAGUUGCAAGCCCUUUCGAAAAAAGACUAUGCCCCUACAGCCUCAGCCUUAGCCUCGGCAUCUGCUAGUGCUGAGCAAGAUAGUGGAUCAAGCUCCGGUUCUGGCAGCUCUCCGUUGCCAGUCGCUAAGCACAACUACUCACCAACGCCAAAGAGAGUUGGGACAGGUAUCUCGUCCACCACUUUGGCUGCAUUGGCAUCAGGCUCUUCCUCAUCUGGCCAAUCAGAUUCUAGCGCAAGCGCACUUCCGGGUAGCGUUGGUGUCGAGGAGUCAUUUUCCUCUUCUGGAUCUGCGGUGUUUGAUACCUCUGGGUCAGGAUUUAUCCCGAUUGGGGAAAUCCCUCAGGAGGAUUUGCUUAACACGGAGGUUGAAACAUCUGCUUCAGGUUCAGAUGAAAUUAACGUAGUUGAAUCCGGAGCAGGUGAAGGGUCCGGUGCGCACUCUACUAACGACGAAGGGGUGGAAGAAACAGCCCUACGCUCUCACACUGAUAAGGUGAAACCCGUAUCUUUUAACCUAGACUCAGCCGGACUUCAAGCGGAUGUUCAAGCAGCCCUAGGAAAGAUACCUAUUAAUUUGGGUGUCGGAUCAGGAAGUACAUAUGGCUUAGGAUCUGGUGGAGGGAUAGAUUACGGAUCCGCCUCAGACUUCUUAUCGGGCUCAGGUGGCAGCGGUACGUUAGAGCUGACCCCUGCAACCACCCCCUCAGAUGCGAUUGUAGACCUGUUUGGUAAUACAUUUGGCUCUGCUGAGAAAGAAAACGCAAAGAGUUCUAAUAAAAGUGUGGCCUCGAGUGACGAAGGAUCAUCCUUUAAGCAUCAAAAGCAAGGAAAGAACAGACACCAAAUUCCUAUAAGUGGAGAUGAUGAGAUAGCCCUCUCGGACGAAAAAGAACAGGUGGAAUUUGAUCUUCCUAAGCCAGGAGACACAGUUGAUCAACAACUGCUGGAUCGAUUUAUGAUCAGUCAGAUCUUAGAACAAAAUCUCACAUUAUUCUACGGAGGCCUUUCUGGUCGCCCUGGUAAACAAGGUCCUGUUGGCCCUCCUGGAGCAACCGGAAUGAGGGGUAUGACAGGAGCCAUGGGUCCCCCAGGUCCAAUUGGUGACCUAGGCUCCCCCGGUGCUGAUGGUGAGUCCGGCCCAAUAGGUCCCCCAGGACUCCCAGGGAUGCCCGGUUUCAAAGGAGAGAAAGGACCACCAGGUCUCAUGGGAUUAGCUGGGGAGCCUGGUGCACCUGGAAUUCCAGGACCCUUAGGAAACGUUGGCCCUGCUGGUCCAGAGGCUGUAAUGCCGAACUGUUCUUACAUCUGCGAGGGAGAGAAGACUUGGCUUCAGUGUAAGCAGUACGAGACUAUCAAAAUAAACCGUGCGUUUUGGGGACGAGAGGAAAACGAGUUCUGUCCAAAGGCUCCAGUUGGUCUUGUUACGGACAAGAUUUGCGAGACAGAUGCAGAUAACACAUUUAAGAAAGUUGAAAGUCAGUGUAGGAAUAACCAGGCGUGUGAAAUUGUGGCUUCAAACACUUUCUUUGAUGAUCCAACGUGUAAGAAUACGUUCAAGUAUUUAAAGCUCUGUUACGAGUGUAUUCCGGAUGAGGUACAUACCACAGACGUGUUGCUCGACUUGGGAAAAAGAAGAAAGAGAGGAACUCGUCUGGAAGACGUUCUAAGAAAACGGAGAGAAAAGUCUGAAAGGGAGAAACUUUUAAAAGACCUGUGGAAGCAUCCAUAUCAUGCUAGGGUCGUGUAAAUGGUUUCCUUCGAAUCUGGGCCUGUACCUUACAGAUGUAGAUAUAAAGUAUUUUGUAAAUAGCUUAUUGUCGUCUUUCUUCAAAAGAUAUGGUAAAAGUUGGCCUCUGGGAUAAAGGGACUAGCUGAGUCGAUCAUCGUCUUAUGGAUCAGUUAGUCUUGGGUAAUCGUUUAAAAUUAAAAGAUCAGCAUUAUCCGUAUGAAUUCUUGAAAAAUCAUCCCUAAUGAGACCUCGAAUAAGUAUGAAACUAUUCAAAGAGCGGGAUAGUCACUUGUGGACACCAUGCUCAAGUUUUAAGUAGACAAGGUAAGUGACUCAAGGGUUGAAAAACUGAGUGAGUAGGACAAUAUGGUGACGUUAAAAAAACAGUUAUGCUCUUUAGUUGCAAGAAAGGACGACGUUUCUGUACAAGAAAAGAAAGAAGUUUGUGUUUCAGAUUCCUUUUGCGCUCUUCAAACCCAAUCAGUGGUUUCCUUUUCAGUAAAGAGCUAACCAGUUAAAAUUUCAUCCUUAUGUAAAGUUGAAACAGCAAAUGCCUCGAAUUCAAGAUCAAAACAACUUCUUUGUCAGGAAAUAAAAGUAACAUCUCACUGGAAAAAAAAAAAGAAAAUUAGGUUUGAAUGAUAUUGAGUCCCGAAGCAUUUAAAAUCCAAUCAAAAGUUAUUCACUGUUCAUCUUUGCUCACCGUUUUCCUCUUGGGGAAAAUACACAAUAUGAAUUCUGUCUGUAAAAUAAGUUUGAUUAUUUUGUAUUCAACUCAAAGCUUAGGAUUGUAAAAUAAUGAAGACAUGGCGCUCUUACGUUAAUCGUAAUCGUGAAACAGGAGUUAUGCCCAAAACUGAUGAAUUUUACCCAGAGUCACACUGACAGCUUUAAAACAUGUUAUUGAUAGCUUCACUAAUGGGGAAGUCUGUGUGACUAAGGAGUUUUUAAGACAUUUCCUUGAAUAAAAUCUUUUAAA